AUGAUUGCCGAUGCUGGAGAUGAGGGGUCACAGCUUUGCCGAUCUUUUGACAGAGAGCUGCCAGCAUCAGAGGACCUGGCAAACGAGAUUGCCACCUUCAUCACCAGGAUUAGCCACUUGUUUGCCCUCGAUGAGCCUGUGUGUGUGCUGACGGGCUACACACAUCACAUGAUCACUCUUUUGAGUGAGCGUGAGAUUUUGUUGCCAACGCUGGAUGGCAAGAGUGUUAGAAGCUUGGGAGGACCAGGCUCCAUUACUGCGGAACUGGUGGUGCAAUGCUUGAAGAGGAUGCAAACAUGGGUGCGUUUAGCAAAGAUGGUGAUCCAACAUGAGUUCCCAGAGUGGGACUUAGUCUCUGCCUUCCAGCUGUUCAAUGUCACAGGUGGCAAGAAAUUGUUGUCCACCCAAACACAGGAGACUCAUAUCAAUCGGAUUUCAAAAUUCUUCGACUUGGAUGUGAUGCAGUUUCGCACGCAGUUUUAUGAUUUGGCAGCUUUGGCCAGGGUCCAUGCUCAAAAUGCCAGCUGUGAUUCCUUCAGCGCAUGGCAGGCCAUCAUCAAGCAAGUCCUAUCCUCCAAGAAACGGAGAGAUCAACAUCCCUGUGAUGCUGUGCAAGUUGCAUUGAGUCGAUGGGCAGCCUGGAGUCCGUCUUCCAGUGGCGUUGAGCAGAGCUUUGGUCAUUUGACCCACUUUGCAACAGCGCGGCAGUCCCAUGCCUCAGAAGCUUGCGAAUGCAAUGAGGCAGUCCUCCUGCUGGAUCACUGUGAAGAUUUAGAAGAGCAGCAAAUUGCAUUGGCGAGAAAGGUGUGGGCACAGAUCUACCCCUCGCCACGUACUCACAAGAAGCCACGACUUGACAAGGGGAUAUCUCGAUCAAGCUCACCAUUGUCGCAGUCACUGAUGACUGAAACCACAUGGAUCCGGAACCGUCGUAAGGACGUGGAUGAUCACGUCAGUGCAAGGCACAGUGAUGAGAUUCUUGACGAUGAUGGCACUGACUCUUGCUGGGGGAACACCCAUGAGAAGGAGGCAAAACUUCAAGCAGAAGGAAGGUUGAAAAGAAAAGUGCAAGCCUUGCGAGAUGGAGUUUUGUUGCCAUCUGAGGCUGACCAAGAACUUGAGGACUACAUCCAGCGCAUGAAAGUGCCCCUGGCUGCCAAUCAACUCACGACGAAGGAAAAGAACAAGAACAUAUUGUAUGCAGGCCCUAAGAGACCAUCUUUCCUUGACGAGGACACUGGUGGCAGGCAUGUGAUGGCAUUUGUGUGCCAAGGUGCUGGCACUGCUGCCCAAAAGGCAAGAGACCUUGGCAUGCAAAUCGUUCACGAUCCAGGCUUGGCCAACAUCAUCCUUGCAAAGUCUUUCAAGUCAAUUCCAGAGAUUGUCCUUUUGUGCGCUGUUCUUCGUGGUUGCUACAUCAUGGACGCGGCUGCCCUUGAUGGUUGCGCUCGAUCGCUUUGUUGCAAACUUUGUCCGACCACGCAGCUCAAGCGCAAAGUUUGGGUCAGUGCUGACUUCAAGGAGGAGAACAACGCGAUUUACACCAUGUUGCGACAUGUUGUGGAUGAGUGCACCAUCAAGCCUGGGUGGCACUGGCUGGACUCUGUUGACGAGUGCUUGCAGGGCAAAGGUGUCAAGUUCAUGGCUUUAGUCACACAAGAGCAACAGCGCCAGGAGGCCAGCCUGAUUCUGAUGGAUGCGAGGAAAGAUCAAUGA